CCCAACCGCCCAUCCGGACGAGGACAUGUCGGAUAUUCCAAGAUGCUCCCGGCGUUUGCUGCCCGUUGUCUGAUCCCGCGAGAAACUCCAUCGAAGUUGCUAUAAAUGGAGGUCAAUCGUCCUCCUCAUGAUUGCAGGAGGAUCAGGCUUUGUCACUAUCAGAAAUCCAGAAUGCUGAAAGCUACUACCUCUCCUCCAAAUGCCUUGAGGCCUUCCCGUGCCUACUACAGGCCUGCUUUCUCUCUCAGUGCAACAACUUCGUCCUCGUCUCUAACCUCCAACCCAAAGAAAUCUUUGAUCCAGGAGCUCCGAAGGCAGCUCUCUUCCACCAUCGACGAUGCCUCGCAGGUGCUGAAGAAUGCGCCACAGAAGCUUCUGGAUGCAAUAGUUGACUCAACCUUCAAGUUUACUCAUCAAGCUCUGCUCCCGUCUGAGAGCAACUUUGCGCCCGUCGAUGAGAUCGGUGGAUCCAUAGAGAUACUCCAGAUUGAAGGAGAGAUACCCAAAGAUUUCCCCGAGGGCGUGUACAUCAGAAAUGGCUCCAAUCCUCUCUUUGGCGCCCUCCACUCGACUGUCUCCGUCUUCGGGGAGUCCAGUGAGAUAUGGGUUGAGGGCGAGGGCAUGCUCCAUGCCCUGUACUUCACCAAGACCGGUUCAGCUUCUUCUUGGUCAGUCUCCUACGACAAUCGCUACGUGCAAUCCGAAACAUUGAAGAUCGAACAAGACCGCCAGAAACCAUGCUUCCUCCCUGCUAUCGAGGGUGACUCGGCAGCCAUCAUUGUCGCCUACAUUCUCAACUAUCUGAGGUUUGGCAAGGUGAAUAAGAACAUCACCAACACCAAUGUGUUUGAACAUGCGGGUAGGGUGUACGCUGUCGCAGAAAGCCAUCAGCCCCAGGAAAUCUGCAUACAAAAUCUUGAGACAGGCAAUACCUGGGAUAUUGGUGGGGAGUGGGAUCGGCCCUUCACAGCUCACCCAAAGGUAGCUCCUGGAUCAGGAGAACUUGUCAUCUUUGGCUCAGAUGCAAAGAAGCCUUUCCUAGUUGUUGGUGUUGUCUCAGAUGAUGGAACCAAACUAAAACAUAAAGUUGACCUCAAGCUGAACAGAUCUACACUUUGUCAUGACAUAGGAGUUACUCUGAAGUACAACAUAAUCAUAGAUAUACCACUUACUAUUGACAUUGGUAGACUCACUACAGGCGGUCAGCUGAUCGAAUUUGAGAAGGAAGGUUAUGCAAGAAUUGGGAUUAUGCCCCGCUAUGGUGACGCAGAGUCAGUUAUGUGGUUCGAUGUUGAACCAUUCUGCAUGUUCCAUCUUAUCAACUGCUUCGAAGAAGGUGAUGAGGUUGUUGUUCAAGGCCUCCGUUCGGCAGACUCCGUCAUACCAGGGCCAAGAUUAAACAAACAAGAAAUACUCCCUGAAAGGUCCGAGCUUAAAAAAGAUGGCAAGGCCAUGAAACAAGGCAUUAAUGAGAAAUUAUUCUCUCGCUUGUUUGAAUGGAGAUUAAACCUGAAAACGAAGACUGUUUCAGGGGAAUAUUUGACUGGGACUGAGUGCUCCUUGGAAUUCCCAAUGAUCAAUAACCACUACACAGGCGUGCGUCAUAGUUAUGGCUACGCACAAAUAGUGGAUUCUUUAACAAGAUCUGCUAGCAGUAGUGAAAAAGUACUACCAAAGUAUGGGGGCUUUGCAAAACUAUGCCUUGAGGAGAGAGAGAAUACAGAGGUAUGUAUAAAUCAGCUCCGUGCAUCAGUUCAGCUACUAUUUAACCAAGAUUUCCUCACUCAAAUUCAAGCUGUACACCAGACAUCGGCAGAAGAUCUAAUAAAGAUGGAAAUUCAUCGGCUUAGUGAAGAUGAGUUCUGCUCUGGAGCAUCAUUUGUUCCAAGAGUUGGUGGCUCACAUGAAGAUGAUGGAUGGAUAAUAUCUUUUGUACAUAAUGAAAGAACAAAUACGUCACAGGUGCACAUUAUUGAUACCCAAAAAUUUGAAGGUGCUCCUGUUGCAAAAAUAACAUUGCCACAAAGAGUGCCCUAUGGCUUUCAUGGAACUUUUGUCCAUAACAACAUACACGGGCACGUGAAUACCAGAUCAGAAAAAAAACUGGACAACUUAAAGUUUAUAUAUUGAAUUGGGUCUUUGUAAGUAGAAAUUUUUGAUCCAGUGAAUUGUACAAAAUUUUAACCUGUAUGAGUAUAUUCGUAGGUUAUCUCAUUCAUUGCUAUGUAGGUUAUCUUGUACAAGUGUAUCUCGAAUCACAAAGAAGCUGUCUUCAGCUAACAUAUGGCUGUCGUUCUAGCUGUAAUCAGUUCAUUAUACAAAAAUGUUGUAUUGCAAAAAAUUCAAUA